AGAGAGACAUACACGGGAGCUGACAGAAGCUUGAAGAAACAAAAAUGGCGUCUUUCGACUCUUUCCGCCACGACGGCGACGACCAAACCCACCUCCACGACGAUCCUGCCGCUGGUGGACCCUUCGACGACGACAGUUACGCCGCCUACAGCGAGUUCUCCUCCUCCGAACCAUUACCCCAAGACGACGCCGUCGCCGACCACGGUUACGGCUUCGGCAUGCCUUCGCCUAGCCCGGACUUCUCUUCUCCCUUCGAAUCGGCCGUUCUGGAGCCCAAUGGAAAUGGAAAAUCCUACGAAGAAGAUGUUGGGGACGAUGAUGAUGGGGGCAUUUUCGCAUCGGACGAACCGAUUUUGCCGCCGCCGGAGGAUAUGCGAGAGGAAGGGUUCGCUCUGCGCGAAUGGCGUCGGUGAGCUUUUUGUCCAUUUCUUUCCCUUUUUGAUCUAAAUAGACACGUUAAUUUGGUGAU